GAGGAGCGAGGCUGCACUUUGAGGGGUGGAAACACAAGGUGUAUCCCCCUGAUGGUCAUCAGCUUGUGCGGCUGUGUGGGUGUGAGGGGUGUAAAAGAGUGGUUUGGAGCAUGUGAAGAGAGCCUUCCAGGAGGUGAGGGGGAUUUUGCCAGGCGGUUUGUGAUGAUGCCGAGAUCUGGUGCUAUGCAGCCUGCUUCUGCGACUCUCCCCAUCAGGCACAGGCACAGAGUAGGCGGAGAGUUGAGCCAGAACCGCGAUGUCUUUUGCACAGCCUUUCAUCUGUCAGAUGGGAGCGGGGACCCCAGAGAGAGAGCCAGCCCAAGGUCCUGGCAUCCUCGUGAACCCCCGUCUGCGGGUUUCUGGUCCAGUGUCCCUUCUAGAUGGUUAGGCCUCCUCUGAGGAGGUGGGUGUGCACAUCCGGAGAGCUCUCUGGAGUGCAGGACUGGGCUGCAGGGUACCCUGAACUGCAGCCAUCUUAGAGCAAGGUCCAGGCUGCAGCAGGAGGAGCUGCAGGCCGCCCACCCUAGCCACGGCCCCUGCCCUGGCAGGAAGCUUCCAAGAGUAAACACUGCCUAAUCGUCCCGCCCAGCGAGCAGGCCUGUCCAUUCCACGCUGGCCAGAGUCCCAGUCACCAAGGCCCCCUCUCACUCUGCUCCACUCUGCAGGCUGGCUCUCCUGAGGAUGCGCCAGCGUCACCCCCGGGCAAGAUGCCCUUCCCUCUGUGUGGCCGGAAUCCUUGCCUGUGGCUUUCUCCUGGGCUGCUGGGGACCCUCCCAUUUCCAGCAGAGUUUUCUUCAGGCAUUGGAGCCACAGGCUGUGUCUUCUUACUUGAGCUCUGGUGCUCCCUUAAAAGGCCACCCUCCCUCCCCCGGCUUCCAGAGGCAGAGGCAGAGGCAGAGGCAGAGGCAGAGGCGGGCUGCAGGCAGCAUCCUACACCUGGAGCUGCUGGUGGCCGUGGGCCCCGAUGUCUUCCAGGCUCACCAGGAGGACACAGAGCGCUACGUGCUCACCAACCUCAACAUCGGGGCAGAACUGCUUCGGGACCCGUCCCUGGGGGCUCAGUUUCGGGUGCACCUGGUGAAGAUGGUCAUUCUGGCAGAGCCCGAGGGUGCUCCAAAUAUCACAGCCAACCUUACCUCGUCCCUGCUGAGCGUCUGUGGGUGGAGCCGGACCAUCAACCCCGAGGACGACACGGAUCCUGGCCACGCUGACCUGGUCCUCUAUAUCACGAGGUUUGACCUGGAGUUGCCUGAUGGUAACCGGCAGGUGCGGGGAGUUACCCAGCUGGGUGGUGCCUGCUCCCCAACCUGGAGCUGCCUCAUUACCGAGGACACUGGCUUUGACCUGGGAGUCACCAUCGCCCAUGAGAUCGGGCACAGUCUUGGUCCCAGCCCAGAGCCAGCUCCUGGUGGGGGGCUCGGGCCGGCAACUCCUGUUCCCACUCACAAAAGGCCACGCUUCCAAACGCUUCCAUCCUCGUGCACACUCCUCUGUCCCGCCUCCUCUCGGUGCACACCCUGGGCCUGAGCCGGGCCUUGUCGCAGCGCAGGACGGGCGCGCUGCGUGUGGGACCCCCCGCGGCCUCAGCCUGGGUCCACGGGGCGCCCGCCGGAGGCGCAGCCUGGCCUCUACUACAGCGCCAAUGAGCAGUGCCGCGUGGCCUUCGGCCCCAAGGCAGUCGCCUGCACCUUCGCCAGGGAGCACCUGGAUAUGUGCCAGGCCCUCUCCUGCCACACAGACCCGCUGGACCAAAGCAGCUGCAGCCGCCUCCUCGUUCCUCUCCUGGACGGGACAGAAUGUGGCGUGGAGAAGUGGUGUUCCAAGGGUCGCUGCCGCUCCCUGGUGGAGCUGACCCCCAUAGCAGCGGUGCAUGGGCACUGGUCUAGCUGGGGUCCCCAAAGUCCUUGCUCCCGCUCCUGCGGAGGAGGUGUGGUCACCAGGAGGCGGCAGUGCAACAACCCCAGACCUGCCUUUGGGGGGCGUGCAUGUGUUGGUGCUGACCUCCAGGCCGAGAUGUGCAACACUCAGGCCUGUGAGAAGACCCAGCUGGAGUUCAUGUCGGAACAGUGUGCCAGGACGGACGGCCAGCCGCUGCACUCCUCCCCUGGCGGUGCCUCCUUCUACCACUGGGGCGCUGCUGUACCACACAGCCAAGGGGAUGCUCUGUGCAGGCACAUGUGCCGGGCAAUUGGCGAGAGCUUCAUCAUGAAGCGUGGAGACAGCUUCCUGGAUGGGACCCGGUGUGUGCCAAGUGGCGCCCGGGAGGACGGGACCCUAAGCCUGUGCGUGUCGGGCAGCUGCAGGACAUUUGGCUGUGAUGGCAGGAUGGACUCCCAGCAGGUACGGGACGUGUGCCAGGUGUGUGGCGGGGACAACAGCACAUGCAGCCCACGGAACGGCUCUUUCACAGCUGGAAGAGCGAGAGAAUAUGUCACAUUUCUGACGGUUACCCCCAACCUGACCAGUGUCUACAUUGCCAACCACAGGCCUCUCUUCACACACUUGGCGGUGAGGAUCGGAGGGCGCUACGUCGUGGCUGGGAAGACAAGCAUCUCCCCUAACACUACCUACCCCUCCCUCCUGGAGGAUGGCCGUGUCGAGUACAGAGUGGCCCUCACCGAGGACCGGCUGCCCCGCCUGGAGGAGAUCCGCAUCUGGGGACCCCUCCAGGAAGAUGCUGAGAUCCAGGUUUACAGGCGGUACGGCGAGGAGUAUGGCAACCUCACCUGCCCAGACAUCACCUUCACCUACUUCCAGCCUAAGCCGCGGCAGGCCUGGGUGUGGGCCGCUGUGCGUGGGCCCUGCUCGGUGAGCUGUGGGGCAGGGCUGCGCUGGGUAAACUACAGCUGCCUGGACCAGGCCAGGAAGGAGUUGGUGGAGACUGCCCGGUGCCAAGGGAGCCAGCAGCCACCAGCGUGGCCAGAGGCCUGCGUGCUCGAACCUUGCCCUCCGUACUGGGCGGUGGGAGACUUCGGCCCAUGCAGUGUCUCCUGUGGGGGCGGCCUGCGGGAGCGGCCAGUGCGCUGCGUGGAGGCCCAGGGCAGCCUCCUGAAGACGUUGCCCCCAGCCCGGUGCACAGCAGGGGCCCAGCAGCCAGCUGUGGCAGUGGAAAUCUGCAACCCCCAGCCCUGCCCCGCCAGGUGGGAGGUGUCAGAGCCCAGCCCAUGCACAUCAGCCAGUGGAGCAGGCCCAGCCUUGCAGAACGAGACCUGUGUGCCGGGGGCAGAUGGCCUGGAGGCUCCAGCGACUGAAGGGCCUGACUCCAUAGAUGAGAAGCUGCCUGCCCCUGAGCCGUGUGUCGGGAUGUCAUGCCCUCCAGGCUGGGGCCAUCUGGAUGCCACCUCUGCAGGGGAGGAGGCUCCCUCCCCAUGGGGCAGCAUCAAGACGGGGGCUCAAGCUGCACAUGUGUGGACCCCUCUGGCAGGGCCGUGCUCCGUCUCCUGUGGGCGAGGCCUGAUGGAGCUACGUUUCCUGUGCGUGGACUCUGCCCUCAGGGUGCCUGUCCAGGAGGAGCUGUGUGGCCUGGCAAGCAAGCCUGGAAGCCGGCGGGAGGUCUGCCAGGCUGUCCCGUGCCCUGCUCGGUGGCAGUACAAGCUGGCGGCCUGCAGUGUGAGCUGUGGGGGAGGGGUCAUGCGGAGGAUCCUGUAUUGUGCCCGGGCCCAUGGGGAGGAUGACGAGGAGGAGAUCCUGUUGGACACCCAAUGCCAGGGGCUGCCUCGCCCAGAACCCCAGGAGGCCUGCAGCCUGGAGCCCUGCCCACCUAGGUGGAAAGUCAUGUCCCUUGGCCCAUGUUCGGCCAGCUGUGGCCUUGGCACUGCUAGGCGCUCGGUGGCCUGUGUGCAGCUCGACCAAGGCCAGGACGUGCAGGUGGACGAGGCGGCCUGUGCGGCACUGGUGCGGCCCCAGGCCAGCGUCCCCUGUCUCAUUGCUGACUGCACCUACCGCUGGUAUGUCGGCACCUGGACGGAGUGCUCUGUUUCCUGUGGGGAUGGCAUCCAGCGCCGGCAUGACACCUGCCUCGGACCCCAGGCCCAGGCACCUGUGCCGGCUGAUUUCUGCCAGCACUUGCCCAAGCCAGUGACUGUGCGUGGCUGCUGGGCUGGGCCCUGUGUGGGACAGGGGACGCCCAACCUGAUACCUCACGAAGAAGCCACUGCUCCAGGACAGACCACAGCCACCCCUGCUGGUGCCUCCCUGGAGUGGUCCCAGGCCCCGGCCCUGCUCUUCUCCCCGGCUCCCCAGCCUCGGCGGCUCCUGCCCGGGCCCCAGGAAAGCUCGGCGCAGUCCAGUGCCUGUGGCAGGCAGCACCUUGAGCCAACAGGAACCAUUGACAUGCGAGGACCAGGGCAGGCAGACUGUGCAGUGGCCAUUGGGCGGCCCCUCGGGGAGGUGGUGACCCUCCGCAUCCUUGAGAGUUCUCUCAACUGCAGUGCGGGGGACAUGUUGUUGCUUUGGGGCCGGCUCACCUGGAGGAAGAUGUGCAGGAAGCUAUUGGGCAUGACUUUCAGCUCUAAGACCAACACGCUGGUGGUGAGGCAGCGCUGCAGGCAGCCGGGAGCCGGGGUGCUGCUGCGGUAUGGGAGCCAGCUUGCUCCUGAAACCUUCUACAGAGAAUGUGACAUGCAGCUCUUUGGGCCCUGGGGUGAAAUCGUGAGUCCCUCGCUGAGUCCAGCCACGAGUAAGGCAGGGGGCUGCCGGCUCUUCAUUAAUGUGGCUCCGCACGCCCGGAUUGCCGUCCAUGCCCUGGUCACCGACGUGGACAAUGGGACCAAGGGAGCCAAUGCCAGCUACAUCUCGAUCCGGGACAUCCACAGCUUGAGGACCACAACAUUCCAUGGGCAGCAGGUGCUCUACUGGGAGUCAGAGAGCAGCCAGGCUGAGAUGGAGUUCAGCGAGGACUUCCUUAAGGCUCAGGCCAGCCUGCGGGGCCAGUACUGGACCCUCCAAUCAUGGGUACCGGAGGGGCAGGACCCUCAGUCCUGGAAGGGAAAGGAAGGGACCUGACGGUCAAUGAACAUUUGUUACGUGUCUGGCCAGCCCUGGAGGGUUGACCUCUGGUCUCAGUGCUUUCCAAUUCGAACUUUUUCCAAUCUUAGGUAUCUACUUUAGAGUCUUCUCCAAUGUCCAAAAGGCUAGGGGGUUGGAGGUGGGGAUUCUGGAAGGGAAAGGCAGCCCCCAUUUCCUCGGGUACCAAUAAAUAAAACAUGCAG